UUCCCCCCAAAAAAAAGGAGAUACUUUUUACAAACAAUGGCAGAAAUUGUAUUCAUAUCCCUCCAGGGAAAGAUACCAAAAUACGGUAUUGACAAUAACAAUUUACACCACUUCUACAACAUUCUUUAUUUAAAUCUAUAUACACAUCCUUACUUGCAUGAUUUUGUACAGACUCUUUCAAACUAAUGAACUCCUACUACUUAUUUCCUCUAUAAAUUGAAGUUAUGGCUUCGUAUCAAUCCAGAUACAAAUAAAACACUUAGAGAGACCAGAGAUGUAUACAAUUCUAGAGUUCUUAAAGAAUAUCUGUUUUCACCCCCUGUUCCUCCCUUGCAUACUCUUCUUAAGCUUCCUCCACAAAUGGCUUUACAAUAAACCAGACAGAAGCAAAAAACUGCCACCUUCCCCAAGAAAGUUGCCAAUCUUAGGCAACCUUCACCAGCUUGGCAAAUUCCCACAUCGUUCAUUAAAUUCUUUGUCGAAGCGAUAUGGAGAGGUGAUGUUAAUUCACCUCGGCAGCACUCCCUCUUUGGUUGUCUCAUCUGCAAGCGCAGCCCGCGAGAUGCUGAAGACACAUGAUAUCAUCUUCUCCAAUAGACCUCAAUCACGCAUCAUGUGCAAGGUAAUUUAUGAUGGCAAAGACUUGGUCUUUUCUCCUUAUGGGGAAUAUUGGAGGCAGAUAAGGAGUAUCUGUGUCCUACAGCUCUUGAGUACUAAAAAGAUUCAAUCCUUUCGGAAGAUCAGAGAAGAAGAGGUCGAUCUAGUGAUUGAAAUGAUUAAGAGAUCAGAAGCGUCAUCAAUGAAUAUGAGUGAGAUUAUUAUGAUGUUUUCGAGCAAUUUGUUGUGUAGGACGGCUUAUGGAAAGAAGUAUGCUGGAGAAGUGGGAACUGAUUUUAAGCAACUUUUAAAGGAGUUUGUAGAGGUCAUGGGGGCGAUCAGUAUGAGAGAUUUCAUACCGUGGCUUGGUUGGAUUGAUAGACUGACUGGUUUGGAAAGUCAGGUCGACAAAGUUGCGAAAGAUUUUGAUGAAUUCCUUGAACAUGUAGUCCAAGAGCAUCUGGAGCAUAAGAAUGAUAAAGAAGAGAAUGAGAAGGACUUUGUGGAUAUUUUGCUGGAUGUUCAGAAGGAGAACGCAGAUGCUCUUACCAUGAACGGCAUAAAAGCCAUUGUACUGGAUAUGUUUGCUGCUGGGACCGAUACCACUUACACUCUACUAGAGUGGACAAUGACAGAACUGAUGAGGCAUCCCCAAAUUAUGAAGAAGCUGCAGAAUGAGGUAAGGGGAAUCAUCAGAGAAAAAUCAAAGGUAUCUGAAGAUGAUUUGGAAAUGAUGACAUACCUGAAAGCAGUGAUCAGGGAGGUGCUUAGGAUACAUCCUCCACUCCCAUUACUGCUGUUUCGGGAAAAUUCUGAGGAUGUGAAAAUAGCAGGGUAUGACAUUGCUGCAAGAACACAAGUCAUCAUCAAUGCAUGGGCAAUACAGAGGGACCCGACUUAUUGGGAAGAGCCAGAUGAGUUUCGUCCAGAGAGAUUCCUGAACUCUUCUGUUGAGUCGAAGUGGCAGGAUUUCCAUAUGAUUCCCUUUGGAGCAGGCAGAAGAGGUUGCCCAGGGGUACCCUUUGCACUAGUCAAUGCUGAGCUUGUAUUAGCAAAUCUUGUUUACUCAUUUGAUUGGAAAUUACCCGAGGGAGCAGAAGAUGAGACAUCCAAUGUGCCUGAAAACCCAGGAGUAACAAUCAACAGGCGGGAUCCUCUUAUGGUCAUUGCAACUCUGCAUUCGUGCAGCUAGAAACAUUAUGGGCAUAAUUAAUCAACAUCUAGAUCAUCAAAUACCCAAGACAGUGGAUCAUGCUCAUAAGGAGGAUUUCAGCUUCAAACAAAAAAAAAAAAAAUUCCUUAUCAAACAAUAGCAGUUACAUGUUCGUGUUUGUUUGAUCCUUAUAAUGCUUAUAAUUUUCUGUAAGAUGUGGCCAUAUUGAUUGUAAAUGUCUUUUUAAUGCAGUAAUAAUAUUAUGAGAUCAGCAACUCUGCUAUAUGAACUUAGCA